AAUCAACUUUCUUUACAUCAGCGAAACUUUUAUCAAAACAACCGUAUUAUUCCUCAUAUUCAACAACCUUUAUUAAAUAAUAUUCCAGAGAUUCAAGUCAAGAAACCUGGAUAUAAGCGUUUGGGAUCUUUAUUUGAUUGUGAAGAUUGGGGCGAAAAGAAGCAUGUGAGUGGCACUAAAGCAUAUGUAUUUAUGGAAGAUGAGGAAAAGCAAAAGGAGGUCUCUUUUGUUUGGUCAGAUGUUGUGAUUACUAGAAACCGUGAUGGUAAAGAACCUUUAACGUUACAUAGUCCAAAAUUGGUGGUUUCUUUUAAUGUUUCAACUGGUUAUUUUACACAAAAUUAUCAAGAUAAUAUUGAUAUUUUAGAAGAUUGUGAAGACUGUAUUAGUGAAAAAUUAUUAG